AUGAUUAUUAUGGAUUCUACGGGACAAAUUAUGGGACGUAGUUACGGUACCGGAACUAACCCAUGGACGACUUCGUGGAUGCUGAUAGACAAAGAUGAGCUGGUAUUCGCUACUAUGCUUAUUGGUCGUGAUGAAUGCGUUGAUAAAAUUAAAGAGUUAUCUGAUGAAUGUAAGCGAAAUGCCGGUCUGAGUCAAGAUCAGCAACUGCAAAUCCUGGGAAUGUCAAUAAGUGGUACUGAAUCACAAAGUACACAAGAUGAAAUUAUUGGCAAACUUCAUGAUCGCUAUCCUAAUCUUAGCAAAAGCUAUUAUAUGUGCAAUGAUACAUUUGGCUCGCUAGCUACCGGCUUUGAAGCUGGAAUUGUUCUGAUAUCUGGCACGGGAUCUAAUUGUUUAUUAAUCAAUUCUGACGGUACAACUCGUAAUUGUGGUGGCUGGGGUCAUCAAUUAGGGGAUCAUGGUGGAGGCUACUGGAUAGCGCAUAAGGCAAUUACUACCAUUUACUAUCACUGGGACAAUUUCGAAUUAUCCAAGCAUGAUAUUGGAAAAGUAGAGAAGCUUCUAAGGGAAUAUUUUCACGUGGAAGAUAAGAACGAUAUUUUACCACAUUUCUACACUAAAUUUGAAAAAGGCUUUGUGGCAAAGUUUUGCACCGCAUUAGCUGAGGUGGCCAAUACUGGUGACCCACUGGCAUGUGAAAUCUUCAAAGAGGCAGGUUAUACCUUAGGGAGACAUGUUGCAGCUGUUUCCCCCUUCAUAGAAAAGCCUUUACUGGAACAAGAAAAUGGAGUUGCUAUUUUGUGCGUAGGUUCGGUUUGGAAAGGCUGGAACCUGCUAAAAGCUGGCUUCUUACAAGGAAUUCAUAGCACUACUGACAGUCAACGGUUGAUUAAAAAAUUCCAGUUGGCUACCUUAAAGGAGAGUUGCGCUGUUGGAGCCGCUAUACUUGCUGUUAAAGAUAAGAAAGAUCAAUUAGUCGUUGACUGCUCUAAGAACGUUGAUAUAUUUUUUAAGCAUACUUUUUAA